AUGGCUGUGAAAACUAGUAAAGAUCAAGACCCAUCACUUGUUUUGUUAGAAACAGUGGAAGAAAUCACAAGACUCUUCAAAUCACUACCAUCAAGACCCUCAAUUGAAGAAGUUGAAGCAACCAUUUUUUUUUAUAAGAUUGCGAACAACGAUGAUGAUGAGAGUUUGAUCAAGAAAAGAGAAGAUGGAGAAUCAGAGAAAGAUGGCUUCAAGGGCUUAGUGAAGAGCUCUUCCUCAAAGUUCUCUUUAUUGCUCAUUCUAUGGACAAUCAAAAGAGACGUUUGGCGUUUCUCAAAUGUUGAUUGUGGUAGUAGGUUGAGUAUUAGUCCAAAGAAGACAUGGGAAGGAACAAUUACAGGCUUGGACGAUUGUAUAGCCACUUCUGUGGUGUUAUCAAAGUUCUUUUUGCUGGGCAAGAUCCUUGCUAAGGCCGAGUUGCUGUUGAGAGAAAGUGUUCUGGCUGUAAUGAAGUUAGCAGCUCAGUUAAGUGAGAGGAUGAGAGAAUCUUCACACAUAUGGGCUCCUCCAAUAUAUAGGAGACUUCUCAGCUCUGAUAAGAGAGAAAAGGAUAUGUCAGAAAGGUGUUUGCUGAAGAUUAAGCCUACAAUAUUUCCUCCUCUUCCUGCUCUUUCUAAGGAACUUGCUGAAGAUAUGAAAUUGAAGUUGCUUACUGGAAUGAAGAAUCUUCUGAAUCAGGGCAUGAAAAUUCAAAUGUUGCAAGCAUGGAGAUGGUUUAUCUGCUUACUAGGAUCUCAUGCCAUGAAGUAUAGGCAGUUACUUAAUGACAUGCUGAAAAUUCUGGAGCAAACAUUUUUGGAUCACAAUCCACAAGUCCAGAUUGCUUCGCUGGACUUCAUAGAUAGAAGGCUCACAAAAUUCUUUUCGUUCUCAUCUGUGCCAAUCAAUCAUGUGCCAUGGUUAGCUUGUGAUGGUAUUAGACCAGAUCCAUAUCAAAAUUGCAUUGUUAAUGCCUCAUGGAAACAACCAGACCCAAGUUUGCACAGAUAUUCACUUGGUCUUUUCACUAAACCAGCUGUCGCCUGGGAAGGUCUUGUUGAUGCUUUCAUCCACCCUCCACUUUUAACUUCUGAUACUAAUGAAUCCAUUAAGAAUGGUAUUCAAAGAGUACAAACCUCUGGUGGGAACGGCUAUCAAAUUCAAGCAACUGGUUUUUCAAAAAGCAUAAAACUCAUAAUGACACCUCUAAUCGGCAUCAUGUUGAGUCAAUGUGAUGUAUCUGUUUACUCUUCAUGCUUGAAUACAUGGUCUUAUCUGCUGCAUAAGCUUGAUAUCUCUAUCAACGAUCCCUUGGUGAUAGAACUGGUGUUAGAUCCCAUUUUUGGAGCUGUUUUUCGGUUUGGGCCUGAUAUUAAGUUUCUCUGGUUGUGGAAUCUGUGCUUGGAUCUGCUUGACAAUUUUAUACUAGCAAAAUGCAGAAACCUAGACCAUGAAACCAUUAGCCAGGUAAGCCAUCAUUCAAUGUCCAGCAAAUGGUCAUGGAAACAGGGACCUAUUAAAUGGUUGCCCUGGACUAUUGGUCGCUUGGAUUUCUUUAUAAAGAUGAUCGAUAUUAUCAUCAGCCAUGCAACAAUUGCAACAAUCACCCCUGAAACUAGAAGUUCAGCAUGUGAUGCUGCCUUAAGGAUAUUUAGAUCUCUUUUAAAAGGGGUCCAAGUGGAGUUUAGAAGUUCAUCCACAAAUUACAACGACAUUAUGUUGUGCUUGAACAUAAUAUUGAGGUUCAUAAAGAAGACCUGUGAAGGUGUAAAUUCAGAAGGCAGCGAAAGUAAUGAAUUGCAUUAUACUUCCCUCCAAUUUCUAGAGGCUGUUGCUCAGGAGUUAGAACCUUCUAUGUUGGGAUCCCCUCUUUACAAGGUGCCUUUAAACCUUAAAUCCAUUGAGAACUUGCAAUUGGUUGACAACAUUAGAGAUGAAAAAUAUUUGGCUAUGAGCUCUGUUGCUUACAUGGAUAUGGUUUCGCCAUUGGUUUAUCUAACUGUACUCUACAUCUGUGUGGUGACCCCAUCAACUCAUGCCACCCACAGCAUGGAGUUAAUUCUUCAGGGACUCCACAGAUUUUUCAAAACUAUACUUUUAUUGUACGAUCCCGUGGAAAAUCUGUCUGUUGCUGUUGGUUUAUUGUAUAAACACAUGGGGUUUAGGUGCUUAGAUAUUUGGACAGCUAUAGCAAAAGGUUUGGGAGACUUCAUCAGUGGUGUAAAGGAUCUUUCAUUGUUGAAAAUGGACUCUGACAGUGAUUUCCCUCUUGCCAUAUGCCACCUCUUAUCCUACCCUUUCAUUGUUUGUUCUUGCCAUGAGAAAGAUAGUGGUUUGUGGAAAGAAUCUCAUGUUUCUGCAGAAAGUAAGCUUAAACUUCAACAGAUAGCUGAAGUGUGGAGGUCACUUUAUGGAGCUGUUUGUUCCUCGAAGUUCAUUAUGUGCUCUGCAACAAGCAGUUUGCCUGCAGAUCUUUGUUCAAUGUUAAAUGGUUGUAUUGAUCAAAAUAUCAGCAUGCUUGACCAUGGUACUGAGCGAUAUUUUCAUUGCAAGGAUUUUGGUCUCACUUAUUUAUCUGGCAAUGCUGUGAAAUGUGUCAUGGAACAGCAGAUCCUGACUUUGGCAGCCAGUUCAGUUGGGAAAAAUGUUGAAAAUGCUGUUGACCCUAAGAUAUUCAGUGGCAUCAACCAUAGCUUGGGAUUUGCUGCCAGAUUCUUGAAGCUGUCGUGGUCAAAAAUGGAAGCAGAUCCUUCCAUUGUUCUCUGUGCAACUUCAAGGGUCUUUUCAGUGUUGGUACGUUUUGUCAGAUCCCUUCACACAAAGCCAUCUAUCCUUGCAUUUAUUGAGAUAGUUGGUUGUCCACUGCUUCAGUGGCUGUCACAUAGAGAAAUACAGGAUGCGAGCACUAACGAGCAACUUCACCACUUGUGGGCCGAAAUUCUUAAUUGUUUAAGGAGGUGCCGACCCCCAAUAGUCUUUGAUUCCUCUUUCCUAAAACUUCAGGCACCACUUCUUGAAAAAACUCUUAAUCACCCAAAAUCCACCAUUUCAGAGCUUACCAUUACAUUUUGGAAUUCAACAUAUGGUAAGCAGAUCAAGUUAAAUUACCCUGAGAGUUUACUUGUUAUCUUGGACAAGCUUUCCAGAAACAAAAGAAUAAACCUACAAAAGAAAAGUCUGCCAUUUCUGGCAAAAUGCCAUUCAGUAUCAGAAGUAACUGCUCAAAGAUACAGGGUGACUGCAACAAACAGCAUGAACUCAAAAAGAGUAGAGUUACUGGAGGAUACAGUAAAUCAAUUUGAGCGAAAAAAUAAGUUGUGUUCAAGUUCAAAAAGAAAAAGGUUAGAACUAACUGGGCACCAAAAGGAAGUCAGACGUGCACAGCAAGGAAGGGGAAUGGAUUGCAGUGGGCAUGGUCCAGGGAUCCUGACAUAUACCAGUGUAGAUUUUUCGCAAGGUAAUGAAGAUUCACAAGAGAGCCAGGAAAUCCGGGAUCCAGAAUCUAUCUUGGAGAUGUUAAGAAGAGUUGCUUAA